AUGUUUACGCUUGCCCCUAUCUUGUCAGGCGCUGCUGGGGUGAAUCACUUCGUUGGCCGAGGUGACGAGCUUAGACGUCUGCAUGAGACGCUGAGAUGGACGGGCGAGCGCCGCACCGCCGUGCUGCACGGUCUAGGUGGCAUGGGAAAAACUCAGUUGUCGAUAGAGUACACGAAGCGGCACCGUAGUGACUACUCGGCUAUACUUUGGCUCAACGCAAGAGACGAAACAUCACUAAAGCAAAGCUUUCGACAGGCGGCCCGGCGAAUCUUACGGGAGCACCCGACUGUGUCGUAUGUACAGAAUGCCAUGGUCAAUCAGGACCUCGACGGGACAACGGAAGCAGUGAAGCGAUGGCUGGAUGAAGCGAGGAACGACCGCUGGCUUGUCAUCUACGAUAAUUAUGAUGACGUCAGAUUGGAUCGCCGCUACGGUAUGGAUCAGAGUGUCCGAUGUGUCGCCGAGCAGAGUGGGACCGCCGCCGGCAACACAAGCCAACCCGAGGCAGCAAAUACGAAGGCGUACGAUAUCCGUCCAUACUUCCCCGAAACAAACCACGGCGCCGUCGUCAUCACGACCCGGUCCUCGACGGUGAAACUUGGGCAGUUGAUCCGACUGAGUAAACUAGGGGACAUCAAUGACAGCUUAGCGAUACUAGAAUCAACAUCUAAUCGUGUCAAUCUAAGCCAAGAUGUCAAUGCCAACGUGCUUGCGCGACGACUCGACGGUCUUCCGCUUGCUCUCUCGACAGCUGGAGCUUACCUUAACCAAGUUUCGACGACCUGCGCCGAGUACCUCCAACUGUAUGACGAAUCAUGGCUGCGAUUACAGAGAGAGAGUCCGCAACUUUUGGAUUACGAUCAAGCGUUGUAUUCUACAUGGGGAGUCUCCUUUAACCACAUUCAGCAGCAGAGCAGAGGCGCAGCUAUGCUCCUUCGACUGUGGGCAUACUUCGACAACGAGGACCUGUGGUUUGAGCUGCUGCAGGAGGCAGGGGCAAAGGGGCCGGACUGGCUACAAGACAUAACGGAAGACAAGUUCAACUUCAACGCAACAAUCAGAGUCCUUUGCGAACAUGGACUAGUAGAGGCCGACCCUCCCACAAAAGAGACUGGGAUAGACUCACGAGGAUAUAGUGUGCAUGGAUGUGUACACGCGUGGAUGAUACACGUGCUGAAUACUGGAGUAGAUGAGGAGAUGUCUUGGACAGCGAUGAGAUGUGUAGCAUCGCAUGUCCCAGGCAAUGAGCAGAAGGAGUAUUGGAUGGUACAACGACGACUUUUGCAACAUGCAGACCGAUGCAUCAAUAGGACAACGACAGAUACGGGGGAGGACGAAGAUGCAUGGGUGUUUCACGGGCUAGGCAACCUCUACAAGGACCAGGGCCGACUCAAGGAAGCCGAGGCGAUGUACGAGCGGGCUCUUCAAGGCACAGAGAAGGCAUGGGGGCCAGAGCACACGUCAACACUCUCGACGGUCAACAAUCUAGGCCUUCUCUACAAGAGCCAGGGCCGACUCAAGGAAGCCGAGGCGAUGUACGAGCGGGCUCUUCAAGGCAAAGAGAAGGCAUGGGGGCCAGAGCACACGUCAAUACUCUCGACGGUUAACAAUCUAGGCCUUCUCUACGCGGACCAGGGCCGACUCAAGGAAGCCGAGGCGAUGUACGAGCGGGCUCUUCAAGGCACAGAGAAGGCAUGGGGGCCAGAGCACACGUCAACACUCUCGACGGUCAACAAUCUAGGCCUUCUCUACAAGAGCCAGGGCCGACUCAAGGAAGCCGAGGCGAUGUACGAGCGGGCUCUUCAAGGCAAAGAGAAGGCACUAGGGCCAGAGCACACGUCAACACUCAUGACGGUCGACAAUCUAGGCCUUCUCUACGCGGACCAGGGCCGACUCAAGGAAGCCGAGGCGAUGUACCAGCGGGCUCUUCAAGGCUUUGAGAAGGCAUGGGGGCCAGAGCACACGUCAACACUCAUGACGGUCAACAAUCUAGGCAACCUCUACGCGGACCAGGGCCGACUCAAGGAAGCCGAGGCGAUGUACCAGCGGGCUCUUCAAGGCUACGAGAAGGCACUGGGACCAGACGCCAUAAAGACAUACAUUCCCGCCUUGAACACACUUCAGAACCUUGGUUCUUUUUUUGAGAAGCUUGGCGAAAAUAGUAAAGCCAUCUCAUACUACCAACAGGCACAGAACGGCUUUCUAUCCGUACUGGGGUCCCAGAACGAGCGGUAUACAUAUGUAUCUGAUAAAAUCGGCUCAUUACAGCUUUCCGCACAAGAUGUGGAUAUUGCGCCUAGCGUAGAGAAGUCAGGACGAGGGCUUCAUGCUAGAUGGAAGAGAUUGACGGGACACUUGAAGGGGCCGUAG